ACAGAACAUUUUUAAAAAAUGUUCACCUAACGAGCUUCAAAAUUUUAAAAAUAUGCCUAAAAUGUCAAGCUAUUGUCAGAGAAGGCCAAGAUGUCUGCGUACUUCUGGGAUGAUCCAAUAGCAAUACUCUAUAUAAUCAUUGCGUUUUUGGUCAUCGACAAUCUAUGGGCCAUUUAUCUGCUCUUGCGAGAAAUAAACGUGACUUAUAAAACGAACAAAGUUCCGAGUGUGAUUAGCCCGUAUUUGUCGCAGGAACUGUAUGAUAAGAUGCGCCUCUAUAAGAUUCACAAGGGCUGGUUUACUAUUGUCAACACCCUGCUUAUGGUGGUUUUAUUUGGUAUUUUAGAGCUUUACUUCGGUUUUUACGCCUGGUUGUAUGGAAUAGCCACCAAAUGUGCCUUAGCGAAGUGGAUGGAACACGAGGCUUGCGUCUCAGUGAUCUUUGUGAUCUUACUGAGCGCGUAUUUCUGGCUGAAAAUAAUCCCGGCCAUGAUCUACGAAAAGUGUUGCAUCAAGAGUUUGCAACCCAAAAAGAAUCCUCCUUUGGCGUUUCGCAUCUGUCACUUUAUCUUUGACUUAAUUAUUGGAACUGCUAUUACGAUCAUAGUGGUAGUUGCCAUAGUCUACAUGUUCAUCGGCUUGGAUGCCUAUGCUCCCUUGGGCUUGUAUGUGCAAUCGCUGAUCUUAACUGCAUUCGUAAUUCUGCUGGUCCCAUUUCUUAUCGAUCCAUUUUUUGGCAAGCGUGUGCCGCUGGAGAACUCAAACCUACGCAACCAACUGGAGUUCUUAACGCGGCAGGUGGGCUUCCCAAUGCAUCAGGUUCGCAUAAUUCGGGUGCAUGAUCCCAACACGGGAAGCAAUGCGUUUUUCUACGGUUGCUGCUGCCUCAAGAGAAUUGUGAUCUUUGAUACCCUUCUGUUGAAUAGAGGAAAGCAAGAUCUCUCCCAACUAGCACCAGAAGAAGUUGGCAGAGGACUGUCGGAUUCUCAGGUGACAGCUGUCGUAGCUCAUGAACUGGGUCACUGGAAAAAUGGGCACUUCUACAAGGCGAUAAUUAUCUUUCAAGUUCAUAUGUUACUAACUAUCCUGCUGUUCGCGGUCUUGUUUUCCCAUGGACCCAUCUACCAGGCGGUGGGAUUUGCACCCGGUCUGCAGCCCAUAAUCGUUGGAUUGAUCAUAACCUUCAGUUUUGUAAUGACACCUUACAUGACGCUGGCCAACUUCGCAAUGUUAAAUAUGACGCGCUGCUUUGAAUACCAGGCUGAUAAGUUUGCCUAUCGACUCGGAUACGGCGGAGAACUCAGUCAAGCGCUUCUGAAGUUGUAUGCAGAUAACCUGGCAUUUCCUGUCUCCGAUCCGUGCUACUCCAGAUGGAAUCAUACGCAUCCCACCAUUCUGGAUCGCUUGGAUCGGCUGCAGCGACUUGGGCGAUAAGCUGACAUACACAUAUUUUUUUUUUUGGCUACUUCUAUCAAACAUAGUAGGUUCUGAUUGAAUUAUCUGAUCUGGGUAAUAUAAGAUAUAUCUUUUA